AUGUGGAUGGAAGUUGUCAGCGGAGCUGGGUUCAACUAUGGCGAAGAAUGCCUAACCGAUCACUGCUAUCCGGAUUCCGACACCUAUUUACUAGCGAACAGCGUAGCGGAGUUGACUAAAAUGACAAGCGAGGAAAUGUGGGAAGUAUUUGGCCGUUUCUUCGUUGAGUAUGCACUGGAGAGAGGAUGGGAAGAUGUGAUCCGCAGCAUCGGUCCAAAUUUGAAAGUUCGACUAGUUUCUAGAAAGUAA